CCCCCCCCCCCCGCCACCUACGCUCUCCGGAGUCCCGGGCUACCGGCCGGUCGGGCCUGACGCCGGCCGCCUAGCUCCGCGACCUGCCGCCCGCGUCAGCGAGCGCCCGCUAUCAGCGGCAGCUUGUCCUCCUCCCUCCGCGCGCUAUCUCGAGCGUUGGUGAUGGAGUUCACUUUCGAGGAUGCAGAGGAACUUUGCUCGCUAGUUUCGAGUCAGGAAUCCCUCGUCGACAAGAAGCGGAGGUGGCUGGAGUCGAUGAUCCUCAAGCCGGGUGGUUGCAGCAGUCGUGUGAAGCGACCGAAGUUUUUGGACGAGGCGUACUUGCCUGAGUCAUAUAUCAGGAGUGGAGAAAUAUCUUGCGAGAAAGUGAGAGCUAGCAUGGAAAAAAGUUUGAGUUCAGAGUCCAAUGGCUAUACCCAUCACAUAGUUCAGGAUGGUCUCCGGCUUUUUGACUUACAGAAAAAGGAAAAUGAACCAUUUGGUCCAGAAUAUCUGGGUAUUAUUCAGACCACAAUAAGCAAACUAACUUAUGAAACACUUCAAUCAGUGGCUUGCAUUGUCACCCGUAACAAGUUCAGUUUUGACAAGACUAGGCUGGCAAUGGAAAAGAUUGUAGAAUCUCACCUUCCAAGUUACUUGGCAAAAUUGGAUCACAAAGAGUUAUUCUAUAUUUUUAGAAAUCCAUGCAGCUAUCGAUCUGGUUCUGUGAGGCUUGUCACACCUGUUUCACCGCAACUUUUGUCAGCUAUCCAUCAUGCUUUGGAUGGACUUGAUGAAAUGCCCAUGCAACCUCUUGUUGCAAUGAAUAGGAAGAUUAGAGAAAAAUCAUGUACCCCAAAAUUUGGGUUUGUUGCUCGCUCUUCCAAUAGAGGGCAUAUUAUCGAAAUAGUGAGGAAAAGAUGCAACAAGAUUCUAACAGAGCUUGAAGAAGGUAAUUACCUGCCAAAGAAUUUAGCAAAGGCAAUGUCAGUAGCGAACCUAUAUAAGAAGCAAAAGUUGAGAAGUGUGGAUAUUUCACAAUCAGAGUUCUUCCCCUUUACAAAAGAAACGAUAUCGUUGCAGAAUGAUAUCCUGAAUGCUCUUUGGUCACUUCCAAAACUCAGACAUGACAAGCGAAAAUUGUUGCGCCCCAUCCUGGAUCAAGAUUCUAAAGUUGAAAGGACACAUUUAAAAGCAGCCUUGAGGAACUACUUGACAGAUUGUUUGUUUGAAUGUGAUGAAGGUAGUUUACCAGAUGAGGCCCUCCGAGCCAUAGCCUUUAUAAAUCGGACUUGUGGACACCAGCAAGUUGUGUUAACAGAAAAGAGGAAGGAGGUCGAGGUAGAUGCUGUCUUGAACUUAAGCAGUCAUCUCCAAGCUUUAGCACAUUGUUGGGUAGAAGAAUGCUCAUGUGGUGAAGAGUUGAUUAGCUUAGGGAAUGAUAGCUGCAAUGAGGAUAAUGAUUUCAUACUUUCUGGGACCAAUUACUUCAAUUUAAGCUCCGUGCAGCAGCCGAUGCAAGAGCCUUGUUGUUCCAGUAAUAUAGGCACUGAUGUUGUGAGAGAGUGUUGUUGGAGCGAAACUGUCGGAGAUAUGCAAAAUGUCUCUGGAGCUGAGGAUUCUGGUCCCAAAUCAGAAGAGAUGCUUAGGAAAUCAUGUCUAAGAACUGAAGAUUCUGGAGGCAUUGGGCAUUAUAGCGGCAAUGAAGCUGCUGGCAGUGGGAUGGGGCCCUAUGCAGAGAAGUCUGUUAAUGCUAGCCACUUGAAAGAGUCAAGAUGUUCAAAGAUUAAUGGGAUCUGCGAUGAAACAUCAAUAGUGGCCCAUAAGCUUAUUGGGCAGAUUUUAGAUAAAUGGUUGCUCGUGAAUGAAGUGGAUGAACCCUCUAGAAGCCAUCUUGGAAGUGGAUUGGUUUCUCAAAGUCCCCAAGAUGAUGAUAAAGAGCCUGUGAAUUCAACAGAGAAUCUAGAAGGUGACAUUUUUACUCAUGCUGUGGAACGUGUGUUGCCUAAUUUGCCAAAAAGUUGCAUAGACAAAGUCAAGAGGCUAAUGAGCUGAGCUAGCAAGCACCGUGAGAACGACCUGCAAUGGCACAAAUGGCCCCCAUAAUUUUUCAAUUUUGUUUAGAAAACGUGAUCAGGCCUGUAAGUUCUGUGAUUAGGCAGUAGGCACUUGUUUCAUGUGCCUAGUAGUACUUUCCAUUGUGGCAAGCUUUUGGGCAUCCAGAAUGCUACCAGGAGGAUUUCCGUUAUCCGCACAAGUUAUUCCUGCAACGGUAAUUUUGUACCCGGUCAUCGGAAAUAUGAAUGUGAGGCAAAGUUCAAGCAAUGGCAGUCCAUGUAACCAAUUCGGCUACAUACACUACUUGAUAUAACCCGCGAUUUAAUGAUUGAAAUGAAAUCACCUUCUCCCUCCA